AUGAAUGAUAUCGAAAAUAUGAUUACCAAACAACUCCUUAAACAAUCCUAUCAAAUCGUGCAACAAGACUUAUUAAAUACUUUUCAAAAGAUGAAAAAUGGCGAUAAGAUUAGAUUACCUAACAUUGGAGUAUUCGAGAAAAAGUUUAAGCAAGGAAAAUCUUGUUUACCCAAAACUUUUGGGAAAAAGUAUACUGCUUACUGA